GUAUUUACGUUUCAAACCAAUGUGUUUGUAGCCAAUUACAUUUCUAGGGUUCAUCGUUUAGUUUGUCAACCUUAACAGUGAACCCAUUGCAUUACAUUCUACAGAACCUUGAAGUUCAUGUACAACCACAUCUGCUGAAAUUGAUCGCAUAUCUCAUGCUUAAUUUGGUUGAUAUUCUUCCACUUGUUCAAGGGAUUGGUUGACCAUGAGAGGAUUUACAGGUUUUAAGGAAGCCAUGGAAAAAUAUUAAACACGAAUUAAAUGCUGUGCGUUUUGCCAUGACCUCUUUGUUUGAAACUCUUCAUCACUCACGAUGUAGGCGGCAAUCUUAAUCUCUGGCCAAUCUGGUUAGUACUAAAAAGAUCAAGGAGACUUUUAUCCCAACCGAUCAAGCAACAUCGACAGUUUUGUUCCAAACGCUUCAAGAGACAGACAGGCAAUUCCAUUGAACGUGCUCGCAAUGACCAAGUUCAUUCAACUCGAUUGGAAAAUCCCAGUCCCAGAGGACCUUCAAUUGGGCACCAACUGUGAUCGCUGGACCGAGGAAAAAGAGGUGGUUGAUUUUGAGGCGGAUUGCAGAGUGAUUGUGGACGAUUGUGGAUUUUUUAUUGCCUGGAAGAGCACCUCCAUGGAAGGCGAUGUUUUGGAACUAUCUCAAGUGAACGACAUCCGCACGGGAACUUUGCCGACGGACAUGCGCUUGGCUCAGACCUUGAUCAAGAAGUACGGUGAUGAUGUCAAGGACAAAUCGUUUUCCGUGUGCAGUGGGUUGGAUAUGGUCAAUGUGAGCCUUUGUCACUUUGUUUGCCAGGAUAAGCCUACGGCAGAUUUCUGGAAAGCUGGCCUGAGAAAGAUUACUAAUAACGUGAAAAUGAAUAACGCUUGUCCGAAAGUCAACUUGCAGAAGCAUUGGAGACGCAUAACGUUGACCAAGGCAGUGGAUGGAAAAGUCUCGGUUCGAUGUAUUGCCAAAACCUUUGCAUCAGGCAAGACGGAGAAACUGGUGUACCAAUCCUUGGCAGAUUUAGGAUUACCGUCCGAGAAGAAUGAUACCAUCGAUGAGGACUUGUUUACGUUUGACAAAUUCUACUCCAUGUACAAAACCAUUUGUCCUCGUUCAGACAUUGAUGAGCUCUUCAAGUCGGUAACAAAGUUGGAUACCAUUCCAAUUCAUAAGUUGAUCGAGUUCAUGAAUGAUCGUCAACGUGACCCUCGAUUGAAUGAAAUUCUCUUCCCAUCGUACACCGAGAAGCGAUGCAUGGAGAUCAUUAACCUUUACGAAAAAGACGAAGAAAACCAAAAGAAAAAACAAAUCGGCAAGGAAGCCCUGACGGAAUACAUGCUUUCGGACGAGAAUGCGCCCGUGAUCUUGGACCGAUUGGACAUCUAUCAGGACAUGGAUCAACCCUUGCCGCACUACUACGUCAACUCCAGUCACAACACCUACCUGAUUGGCAAGCAAUUCGGUGGCAAGUCCAGCGUGGAAAUCUACCGACAAGUGUUACUGGGGGGCUGUCGUUGCGUGGAACUGGAUUGUUGGGACGGCAAAGGCGCUGACGAGGGCGAGGUCAUCAUCACCCACGGCAAGGCCAUGUGCACCAACGUCUACUUCAAGGAUUGUAUUGAAGCCAUUCGAGACACGGCCUUCGUGGCCUCGGAUUAUCCGGUGAUCCUCUCGUUUGAGAACCAUUGCAACCGGAACAACCAAUUGAAGAUGGCCAAUUACUGCAUUGAUAUAUUUGGCGAUCUUUUACUUAAAGAGCCCAUCCCCGGCUAUCCUUUGGAGAAAGGCAAGCCAAUGCCUCCGCCCUCGAAACUGAAGCGAAAGAUCCUGAUCAAAAACAAACGAUUGAAACCCGAAGUGGAGAAAGAGGAAUUGGAGUUGUACCAAAAAGGCGCAUUGGAGAUUAUGGAUGAAGUCUCUGAAGACACCUCGGCUCCCGACAAGAAACCGGAAGAGGGGGGCGAUCCGGCAGCUGCCACGGCCCCCGCACAUAGUGGAUCCACUAUCAAUGUUCAUCCACUGCUUAGUUCCAUUAUUAAUUACGUUCACCCGACCAAAUUCCAAGGCUUUGAUCACGCGGAAGAGCAGAAUCAGCACUUCAAGAUGUCUUCGUUUGCCGAGCCGGCCGCCUUGGGAUACUUGAAAUCUCAAGCCAUUGAAUUCGUCAACUACAAUAAGCGACAAAUCAGCCGAUUGUAUCCCAAGGGAGCACGAGUGGAUUCAUCCAAUUUCAUGCCUCAGAUCUUUUGGAACGCCGGUUGUCAAUUGGUGUCCUUGAAUUUCCAAACGCCCGAUUUGCCCAUGCAAUUGAACCAAGGCAAAUUUGAAUACAACGGCAACUGCGGCUAUCUCCUUAAACCCGAGUUCAUGCGGAUGCAAGACAAGACCUUUGAUCCAUUCGCCGAAACUCCCGUGGAUGGUGUGAUUGCCGCCCAAUGCAGUGUCACGGUGAUUUCGGGACAAUUCUUGUCCCAAAAGCGAGAAGGCACCUACGUGGAAGUGGACAUGUACGGCUUACCCACGGAUACCAUCAAAAAGGAGUUCAGAACGAAAGUGGUUCCGGCCAACGGUCUCAACCCCAUCUACAACGAAGAUCCCUUCCAAUUCAGAAAGGUGGUGCUUCCCGAAUUGGCCGUCUUGCGAUUCGGCGUGUACAACGAAGAAGGCAAAAUGCUGGGUCAAAGGAUUCUACCUUUUAACGACCUGCAAGCGGGAUUCCGGCAUAUCGCUUUGAAAACUGAAGGCAACUUCCCCAUGUCCUUGCCUAUGCUCUUCUGCAAUAUUGAAUUGAAAAUCUACGUCCCUGAUGGGCUUGGAGAUUUCAUGGACGCCUUGUGCGAUCCCCGAGCUUUUCUCUCCGCCCAGGAGAAACGAGCGGAACAACUUAAGGCUUUGGGCAUUGACGAGACCGACAUAUCAGCUGAUGUUAUUGAGAGCAAAAGCGGGAAAGGCGCUCCUAAACAAGGAGGAGAUAAAGGGAAAACGGGGCCGAAAAAGGAAGACAAAAAAGCGGAAUUUGCUUUGGAUCCAAUCACCUGCGAUUUGUUGAGAAAGGAAAAGGCUUUCCAGAAGACUGCCAAGAAGUACGUCAAGGAGUUCGAUUCGCUUCAAAAGAAAAACAGGAAGGAACGUGAUAAUAUUCUCACAAGUCAAUGCAAGGCCAUUGAGAAACUUAUGAAGUCUAAAAAAGGCGUGGAUGCCACCAAAGAUCCGGACGUCAUCAAGACAGUCCAAGCGCAGACCCAGCAAUGGACCGAAAUGAUGAAGAAACACACCAAAGCUGAGCGAGAAAUGCUCAAGGUUCAUUUGCCAGCUCAAGAGGAUAUCUUUAAGAAGAUAUUUGAGACCGUUCAAGCUCGGCAAAUGAAGGAUCUCGAAACCUACUUUCUGAAGGAGACAAAAGACAUGAUGUCAUCUCAGGCCAAGGUCUCAGUGGACACCGCUAAAGAAGUCCAGGGUGAUGCCACUCUCAAGACCAAGGCUGACAAAGACCGCCGUUUGCGAGAAAAAAAUCAGGCCAAUACCAAAAAGUUCAUGGACGAGCGGAAAAAUAAUGCCAUGAAACAAAAUAAGCGAAGGGAGAAGCAAAACAAACUACACGCCACGCAACUCAAAGAUAUUUCAAAAUUCAUCAAAGAGUCGUUGGAAAUGUACAACACCGCUGAAGCCGAAGAAUUAUUAGCUGAUAAAAGACCCUGUUGCGUGUAAGACCAAAUAAUCUGCUUGAUAAUGAUUGCCUUGAAUAAAAGUUGUGGAAUGAUUUUGUGUGAA